UUAAAACCAAAAAAUUAACUAAAUACAACAAACUGCAAAAUCAGAUAGAUAGAUAUGAAUAUUAAAUUUUUUAUAGUAUUUCUUUUAGCCUUAAGUUAAAUAGCUUCAUAAUCAGUUACAGUUCCAGGUGCUAACGUAUCUUGUUCAACUCCUACAGAUUGCUCAACUUGCCCUUAAUCCGGCUAUUUUAGUUGGCAACCAUCAGGUAAUUUAUGCUAGAUUGCAGAUUGCUCUAGCUAUAGCGCCUCAGCCACUUAUUCUGGUUUGAGUGAUUUAUUUUGCUAAAGUUGCAUUGCUUAAACUAGCUCUAGCUAUGCAAAUUAAGUUGGUGCUACAUGUGUAAGUACUCCUUCUUCAUGUAACACUAGUCCUAUUUCAGGAACUGGUUGGUCAGAUACUACCUGUUAAUUAUGCUCUACAAGUUUAUAUGCAAAUAUUGCAGGUACUACUUGUCUUUAAAUUAGUUAAUCCUGUGGCUCAAGUUCUAAUUUUACUGAUGCUACCUGCUUAGCUUGUUAUGGUACUUCAAAAUAAUACGCCUCAUACGACUAAACAAAAUGCGUUCAAUCAACAAUUUCAUGCUCAUCUACAUCUGGAUGGACAGAUACUAAUUGUGCUAUCUGCAAUUCUUAAACUCCCUAUGCUUCAACAGAUACUAAUUCCUGUGUGAAUUCAACAAUGUCAUGCACUUCUUAAACCGGCUGGACAGAUAAUAAUUGCAGUAUUUGUAGUCCCACUUCGCCUUAUGCAAUAGUUGGAGGCACUACUUGUGUUGCUUCUUCUUAAACUUGUGGAUCUACAUCUGGUUGGAGUGACAGUGAUUGUUAAUUAUGCCAUGGAUCGAAUACAUAUUUCGCAUCAGGAGAUGGCAGUACUUGCGUUUAAUCAACAUAAUCAUGUGGUUCUACUUCUGGUUGGACUGAUACUUCUUGUGCUGCUUGCUUCCCAGGAACUAAAAUACAUGCUACGGUAGAUUAAACUAAUUGCGUUGCUUCAAGUGUUGUAUGUAGUGCUACUACAGGUUGGAGCGACAAUGAUUGCUCUCUAUGCAAUCCUUCAUCACCUUUCGCAGCUGUUGAUAAAAAAAGUUGUGUAGCUUCUUCUUAAUCUUGCAACUCAACUUCAGGAUGGAGCGACUCUGACUGCGGUUUAUGUACUCCAUCAAGUCCUUAUGCAAGUAGUGAUGGAACUCAAUGCGUUGCAUCCACUAUUUCUUGCUCUUCUACAUCAGGAUGGACCAAUAAGAAUUGUUAAUUAUGUAAUUCAAGUUCUCCAUAUGCAACUGCAGAUGGUAGCAGUUGUGUAAAUUCUACUAUUUCAUGUGAUUCUACUUCUGGAUGGACAGAUCCUAACUGCAAUUUAUGUUAUCCUUCUUAACCAUAUGCUACAGCAAAUGGUAAUUAAUGUGUUGCUUCUUCUUAGUCAUGCAAUUCUACUUCUAACUGGACUGAUUCAGACUGUGCAUUAUGUACUCCUUCUAAGCCAUUCGCCUCUGGAGACUCAAACAGCUGUGUUGCUGCUACUUAAUCAUGUGGAUCAACAUCGGGUUGGACUGAUGCAAAUUGUUUGUUGUGUACUCCCUCAGAACCAUAUGCAACCACAGAUGGUACAAGUUGCGUUGCUUCUACCUAGUCCUGCAACUCUACAUCAAAUUGGACUGACAACAAUUGCUCUCUUUGUACUCCUUCAACUCCAUUUGCAAACUCAGCUCGUACAGGAUGCUCAGAUCCUUCUGUUUAAUGCGUUGGAAGAGAUCCUACUCAAGCAGCUUAAGUUUGGACUGAUAGUGAUUGCGCUGCUUGCUUUAAAACUGGAUAUAGAGCCUAAUCAGAUGGAUCUGCUUGCGUAAACUGCAAUGCCACCUCAGGAAUGUCUAACAAUGAUUGUGGUCUUUGCAAUGGAACAGAUGAUGGAGAUAGUUAAUAUGCCAAUUCUCAAGGAGCUUGUGUGUCUGUUGAUUGUUCUUAAACUAGUGGUUGGGUAGAUUCAGAUUGUUAAACCUGCAAUCCUGGAGCUCCAUAUGCUUCCAGCGAUGGUACUUCAUGUUUUGCUACAACCAACUCAGUUAUUCUUACAUUCUCACUAAUAUUUAUAAUCUUCAUAUUAAUAUGA